CACGAGCCAAAACAAUCCACCCUAAUCACGCGCUCGCACCCGUACGCAUCUUCCCACCACCAGGCCGCCGGCGAUCGGCAUCGAUCGGCGGCGAUGACGCACGACCACGGCGGCCACCACGACCACGGCGGCCAUCACCACCACCACCACCACAACCACCAUCACGACAGCGGCCAUCAACACCACCAUCACGGCGGCGGCCACCAUCACCAUCAUCAUCACGGCGACGACGACCAGCAGCCGUCCAGGGCGCCGAUCCCGAUCUCGUACCUGCCGACGACGUCGACGGUCGGGGCGCCGCUGCUCGAGCACAGGUCGGACAGCUCCCCGGCCGAAUCCGGAUCCAUCCCGGGUCUAGUCUGCGUGAUCGUGAUCGUGGUGGUGGUUGUGCUCGUCUACAUAUACGGCUGAUCCAUAGACGGGAGUAUUGAACUAUUGUGUCCAUCUGGUUCUCUCUUCUUUUAGCAUGUCUGUUAUUUAAUCGGGACAUGUGAGCAUGUGUAUCUUGAAUCUGGUGAUUGAUUUCAUUGUUAUUCGGGAAGGCAAUGUUCUUCAAA